CCCAUCGUCCUCGUCCUCGAGGGAGGCAACCCCCACCCCACAUCCCCAUCGCCACCAGCGCCCCUCGCCCCUCGCCACGCCACUAGCGGGCGCGCACCCGGCAGCCCGCGAACCCCGCUCGUCCUCCCGCCCGCUUGCUUGCUUGCUCAGGCGAGAGAGAGAGACAGACGAGAGACGAGAUCCGCUCCGGGCCGGCGGCGAGUAGGAUCGCCGGGCGAUGCCGGUGACGGACUACCAGGGCUCAACCUCCUCGCCCUUCUCCUUCGGCCGCUCGCUGCUCUCGCUCCGCAGGGACACCACCACCGCAAUCAUGCCGUCGGGCGAGGAAGCCGACGUCGAGGCGUUCCAGCGCCACGUCGCGUCGACGCUCGCGGAGCUGCUGCCCGCGGCGGACGCCGGUGCCGGCGACGCGGCGGCGGCGGAGGCGGGCGAGGAGUUCCUCUCCGCCGCGUGGAUCCGCCGCCUGCUGGAGGCGUUCGUGCUGUGCCAGGAGGAGUUCCGCGUCGUGGUGGCCCAGGCGCGGCGCCGCGCGGGCGCGCAGCUGCCCGCGGCAGCCGAGAGGAUGGUGGCCGAGUUUCACGAGCGCGCCGUCAAGGCGCUCGACGUCUGCAACGCGGCCCGCGACGGCGUCGACCAGGUCCGCCGCUGGGAGCGCCUCGCCGACAUCGCGGCGUCCGUGCUCAGGUGCCCCGGGGAGGUCCACGAGGGCCAGCUACGCCGCGCGCGCAAGGCGCUCACCGACCUCACCGCGCUCCUCGUCGACGACGCCGCGGCCGCGUCGGGGGCCGGCGGCGUCGCCUCGUUCCUCUCCUCCCACCGCAACCGCUCCUUCGGCCGCGCGCGGGCCUCCCCGUCGCGCACCGCCGGCUCGGCCGCCGCGGCAUCCGCGUCCGCCUCCCACUUCCGCUCCCUGUCAUGGAGCGUGUCCCGCACCUGGUCCGCCGCGCGCCAGCUGCAGGCCAUCGGGGCGGGGCUCGCCGCGCCGCGCGCGCACGAGGCGGGCCUCGCCGCGCCCGUCUACUCCAUGGGCUGCGUGCUCCACCUCACCGCCUGGGCGCUCGUCGCCGCCGUCCCGUGCCCGGACCGCGGCAACGCGCUGCAGACCUACCACCUGCCAGCCGCCCCGCCUCGCGCCUCGUUCCCCUGGGCGCCGCCUCUCCUCGCCCUGCAGGAACGCCUCGCCGAGGAAGGCAAGCGCAAGGACAGGCGCCAUUCCUGCGGCCUGCUCAAGGAGAUCCACUCGCUCGAGAAGUCCACGCAGAAGCUCGCCGAGGCAAUCGACGCGGCGCCGAUCCCGCUCUUCGGCGACAGGGAGAACGACGUGCGGGAGGCUGCCGCCGAGCUCGCCGCCGUGUGUGAAGCCAUGAGGGACGGCCUGGAGCCGCUGGAAAGGCUGGUGCGCGAGGUGUUCCACCGCAUUGUGCGCAGCCGCGUCGAUGGCCUCGAUUCAUCCAUGCACAAUGCCGACUGAUUUGAUUCGCCCGCACACCGCCACCGAUCGAAAUCCUGCCUGCAAUUGGGCAAUUGUGGCGGCGACCGUAGGUAGCUCUUCUUGCUUCUUGGUUUGCUCGUUUAUGUUUUCUGGUCAUAUUGAGUACGUAUAUCUUCUUGUAAAGAAGGGAUUUGAAUGUGGCCAUCAUGAUGUAAAGAUGGCUGCUUAGUUCCCAUGUUUUUGAUGCUGCAUUUGGUAUAUAUAUAAUAUUUCAUCCAAUUUUUGUUAGCCAUAGUGGCCGAUUAAUGAUUAACCUGUUAUGUUCUACAGUA